GUCAUUGCCUCUUACUAAAAGCCAAGAGAAGUGACUAGGCAAAGAGAAGAUCACUGGAACAGUCAAGGACAAGAUUAGCAACAUGGCAGUUACAGUGUGCUUCAUUAUCAUCAUCAUAAUGUCUAUGGUGUUCACAGGAGCUGCUCAGGUUCCAAUAAUCCGUUUUGAGCCUGCGCAAACUGUUUACAUUCAAGGUGAAGCCUUAACAAUGAGAUGUGUGGCUGCAAAUCCAUCAAAUAUCAGAAGCUACAGUUACUAUAAAGAUGGUUUAGAAACACAAAAAGCAAGCAAUAAUAUUCUUACCAAGCCAUCUCUUGCAAAAACAGAUUCUGGGUUAUAUUUUUGUACUUACUCCGGAACGCUGAAUGAUUCCAAUGAGAGCAAUUCCAUAACACUCAAUGUUAUCGAACGUCCGGCUUCCCCAUCUCUGUCUUUGCAACCCCAAUACUCUGUCCACUUCAUAGGGCAGCAGGUAACACUAAGUUGCCUGGUACAGAAUCGUGUCGGUGUCACAGGAAUCACCUUAUAUCAGGAUGGGAGGCCAUUGCCUGAAGCUGAUAACUUUGGAGUCCUACGUAUUAUGGAAUUCCAAGAAAGGAAUACUGGGAAUUACUCUUGUGUGUAUACCAUUCAAGUAUCAGGUCGUGACAUUGAGUCUCUAUCCAGUGAAUACAAGACUUUAGCAGUGACACAACCACUUCCAGUUCCAACAUUAAGAGUUUUCCCAAGCAACCCACAGACUGAAAAUACAGAAGUCCGGCUCAUCUGUGAGACCUCAUCUCCUUCCACCAUCCAUGGAUACCGGUUUUACAGAGAUGGCAAAGAGCUGACAGGAACAACUGGACAAAAGGAAAAUGUUUUUGUCAUUGCUGGGUACAACAAUCUUUUUGAGGGAUGUUAUUUUUGUCAGACCUUCAGGGUAAAGCUCGCCCAAGAAAUCAAGUCCUCUGAGAGUUCUCUGAGCUUCCUGACAGAUAAAGUUUCAGAAUCAGAUAGAAGAGGAUGUGAAAAGCGAGAGAACCCAAUGUAUUCCCUUUUUUCUCUUCAAGGAAUUAAACUCUAUGGAAGUGUGCUUGUUGGCAAGAUCCUGGUUCUCCUCUCUCUGCUGGUUUUUUUUGGAAUACGCGUGAUGCUAAUAAAUUUAAGAAGAGGAAAAGAAGAGAUAGAGAUAGAGAUGCAGACAUGAAUGAGCAGGUGCACAGUGAAUUUGGUGGCUGAGAUCUCCUUUCUACUUAGCUACUCAUGGCGUCACCCUCUUGUCUGGCUGUCAUUUUGAAACCAACACAGAAAUGACAACAAGAUUAGAUUCUUCAUUUUCUUCAUUUUCUGCUGACAGUCAGGGUGGAAAAGUAUUAUUCUUUUCAAUGUGUAUCCACCAUAAAAGACUCAUGACCGAAUAUCUCCAAAUUGUAUUGUACAGAUGCUAGUAGGAUAGUAGGACAGACUUUCCUUUACUGUGUAGUGCUAAUGAGGGCAGCAGAGUAAAGGUUCAACUGUGUCUCUUAUAACUGACUGUGCUGAAGAUUAUAUAUAGUAAAUAUGGUGUUUGUUUUCUGUAUUAUUUGUAAAAAUGUAUAAUGUUUAGUGUAUGUUAUUUACUGUCACUGUAUUAAAUUUACUUCAUAUUUUCA